UGAUGAUUACAGAAGGCGCUCGGUUCUAGUAAUAAGACAUGCGAGGAACGAAGACUCUGCGACGUAUGAGUGCAGGGCUCAGGGCGGUGGGCCGCCGGCCGUCGCCGCUGCGAAUGUCAGCGUGCUGCCGCCUGUGGUCACACCUCCUGACACAACGACUGGGUCGCCGUGUCCGAUGCCGGACCCCUCGUCAUACUGCCUCAAUGGCGGUACCUGUCUCUUCUUUGAGAUUGUACAGGAGCAAGCGUGCAAAUGUCCAGAAGGCUUCACCGGGCAGCGGUGCGAGACGAAGGAUGUUUCGAACAGAAGUAGUAUGUCGCAUUCGUACACGUGCAAACUGGGCCUCUCGACCACCUACUACUGUUAGCGACCGAUGCGCCGGCGCAUAACCCACCUUGUUCCAAUUUUAAAUACAAAAUUUUAGCUCGCGACUUACGACGCGCACCGGCCGGCGGACUGUGGCCAGCUUUCGUUUUUACAAAUUAAAAAUAUAUGCUACAGGAUAAACAUUCUUACCUGCCAGCU